UUUUGUUUGUCUUGUUUCUGAGAAGGGAAUUGCAUGAUGAGGAUUUUUGUGGCUUUUGAAGGAUCUUUUGAGGCAUUUGAUGUUCAGCACAUGACUCUGGAAGCCAUCAAACAGAUGGUAAAGGAUGAUUUCCACAGUCCUCUUUCUGAAGACCAACAAGGCAGGUGGUAGCUAGAGUUGAAGUAUGCUGGAGCUGCCCUCAGGAACAGUUGGAGUCUGUCAGAUGUCGGAAUAUCUUCCUGCUCAACUCUCAAAUGCUUCGGUAAGAAAGAAGACAAGCCAGCCCUCUAUGUGUUUAAUGCUGUGACCCAGGAGAUGAUGCCAAUAAUGGAGAAUGUGUCUAUUCUGGGUAAAAAGGUGUCUGACCCGAGAAUGCUGGUAACUCUGAGAUGUGGCUUUCCCAUGAGUGUCUACUGUCUCCGGACACCAGCGGGACUGGAGAUGUGUGACUGCAACAUCCUCAAGGACUACCAUAUUGGUAUUGACACAACACUUCAUUUGGAUGUCUGGGAUGGAUGGAAGAAAUUGCUCAUGGGGUGUCCUCUUGGGCAAACACCUAAAGUCCAAUGAUACUUAUCAAAAGAAGGACCAGUACUCAAGUGUGAAAACUAA